AAACAUAACCGUCAAAAGACGCUGGUACCGUUGCUUACAGUGUAGUCGCGGCGUUUGCCAUUUGUGGCCUCCCUGCCCCUCGCUAUGCGUAACCUAUUCUUAGCAGCAUUUUGCUUUGAAAAACUUCUGUUUGACUCUUUUUGGUGCCGACAGCAGAACAACCCCAGGCAGUCGAAAAAGUCGGUUUGCUUUCGUCGCCGUGAGUGGGUGCAUGUGUCUGCAUUCGAAAAAAUCGAUGCCAGCUCUGUAAAACUUAAUUCAGUAAGGAAUAGACUGAAAAGAAAAAAGCCGACAGAAGUAAAUCUUACAGCUACGCAAAGUGGUCCGCGCUUAUGUUUUUGUGAUAAGACUGUAAUGGUUCCUGUAAUCCAUGAAAAUUGACUGAUAGCACCAGGAAUUAAUUUUUCCCAUUAUCGUCGCCAAAUUUUAUUAAAGCUCAUCCUGUAUAUGCACGUCGAGUUCAAGUUUUGAGGCAAACUCAGUUGCAGUUGAAAAUGGUUUUUAAUUGAUCAAAGGCGAAAAACGUGUUUUUACAUGUAUGUACGUACGUACACAUGUUUGUGUGUACAUAUACAUAAAGCCAGCAAACUGUGUGGGAGGAGGUUGGCGAAAAUGGUUUGUGAGUGCGCCUGUCUGGGACUCAUACUUAAACUCUUCUCGGUGGGACCCCAGUGUAUAGAAAAUAUGAAUGAAGAUGAGGCAGAGUGCGAAUAGUGAGCUCCCACACUCUUCUCUCUCGGGUGGUUGUUGUCUCGUUUUCCUCGCAGAACCUCAUUCUUCAAACCGUUUCUCCCAAUGUGGUGGAAAAAUCAAUGCAUAAAAAUCUCUCGGUGAACAGGUUUUAAUUGCCCCCGAGUUGUGUGUGUUUACUUUUUUUUCGGUGUUAAUGUCAGAUACAUAUGUAUGUACAUAAUGUAAAAAACUUUUGUGAUAAGAUGAAAAAUACUUAAAUGUGUGGCAUAAAAAAUAUUGCAUACAAUGUACAUACAUAUAUAUUUUUAAGCCUGGUACAAAACACAAAAACACAUUUAAUGUCUCAAAACUGAGGGCUUUAGCUAAAAUUACAAAAAUAUAUAGUAAUCCGAAAACUAGUUCAGUCUCAGGAGAAUUCUAUUUUUAUUUUAGGCGAAACAUUUACAUACAUAUGUAUGUAUAUUAAUUAAUGGCUACUGAGUGGCUUUACAAAUUAACCAUUACUUGGUCGCAUUUAAAUUGCCAAACUCCUCCAAACCUCCAAUCACUUUCACUCAUUGCAUAGAUGAACAUUGAAGCUGCCGUCAACAAAGCAACGCCAGCAGCGUCGCUGACUGGGACAUUUUAGUUAUCGAGAUAUCCCACAUCAACAAAGAAGCCACCGCCGAGUAGGUCUACCGUCGAAGGUGCUAUGAUCACAUAAUGGCAGCGGCACAUAAAUCGUCUAAAGCACGCGAUUCGACGAACGUCAAGACCGAGAGGACGUUUUAUCUGGAUGCAGGGCAAUCUUAUGAUACAAUGGCAGAAUCUCAUCGCGCAUUCCAUUCCUUGGAAGCCCAGAUGAAGGUAACCCCAGAUUUAGAUGCUGCUGAUGUUGAAGCUGACCAUAAAGGACAAAACGAUAAUCAACUACAGUCGUUGGAACCCAUUUUCUUGGAUGAUAUACCUGAGCCAAUUAAAGUCCUUGAUGAGAUUAUUUCGGAAUUUGAGGAGGCAGCAACGAAACCAGUGGCCUUGAACUGCAACGGUGGCGAAAAUCAGUCUGAGGACGAUGGCUACAUGAGCCUAAGUCGCAAAAACAUGUCCAUAAAAGAUUCCGAAGAGGUACCCCAAACACCCAGCACAGAUACUGUGCCCGAGAGAAGCUUCAACGAAGUGAAUGACACUGCUGAGAACAUAACUAAAUUAUCUGAGGUUGUACACGAACGGGAAACUACAUCGCCCCUUAUUCAGACAACGCUGCCAAAGGCUCGGGGUUCGAGCUCGACUUCUGCCGUAAGCUCAAAUUACUCCAGUUUACCGUGCUGUGGUGCCAAAGGUUCGAGUUUGGGUGGAGCUUCCGCUGCCAAUUCCUCAAGUGGAUUGUUAGCCAUCCGACACCCGGCAAGCUGCACCGGUGGUCGCAAUGCCCUGGGCAUCGACAUUAGCGCUGUGCAUAACGCAGUUCUUCGUGGUAAUUUGGCAAAGCUGCCGGAGCCAUUCGUCAACGAGCAUCCGGUGACGAUCUACCCAGGACCCUCUUCCAAGGCGGCCGUAGGGGAAGGGGCUCGUGGCAAGCGGUUACUCAGCUCCGUCGAAAAGCACAAGGAGGUGUGCCACAUUCUGAAUCCACUAUCCAGCAGCUCAAACUCUUCGUCCGCGGAGGCUUCACCUGCUGCGUCUCACGUCAAUGUGGCGACAUCAACAGCGGCUGCCAGGGAUGAGGACUAUUCGGAAGAUUCGCUAGAGGAGUCCAACAUCUCGACUGACCUCACACCCGUUAAACAGAACGGAAUCGCCUGGGAAAUUCACUUUAGGAGCAACAAGAAGAUGUCAAGUGGCUUAAAAAAUACUUCUGAUUCUAAAACGGUUAGAGCUAUUUACAAUAAAAUAUUUAUUAAAAGAACCAACCAUUUAGAUGACAUUUUUAUUUCCAACGAUAAAAACAUGCUGGGCAAUGGAACUUUUAUUAUCCGUCGCUCCACUGCCAAAAAACCGCCUCGUGCCGCAGAUGUGUUUCGUAUACCAAAGCCGCUACGUUCCUCGUUGGCCGAGAGAGUCAAACCCGAACCCAAAGUUGGCCCGGGGGCGAUCAGUAAUGAGUUCUACGCAAGCGAUAGCGAGCAAAGCGAUGCCACUCCGCUACCAUUACCACUGCCACCAGCUUCAUCUGAGACAAACUUCGUGUACAAGGAGUGUGAGGCUAAUGCGGAGCAUACACGCCGCGGAUUGGAGAUGGCCGCUGCACACCGAGCGGUCUUAUCUCUUGAUAUUGAGGCAGCAGAACAACUCGGCUAUUGCAAGCCAGUGAAGAGCAAGAUGGCAAUGCUAACAGAAAAGCGCCUGAGUGCCGAGUCCAUGCCGGACAACACAUCCAGCAGCGAAGAGUUUGAUGAGGCGCGUCUCAACGGAACCAGCAGCUACGAGUUGUAUGGAUACAACGGUAACGAUCAGCGAGCUUCAAACGCCACCACUCCUCAUACAGAUUUGGCUCCAACUUUGGAGGAGGACGAAGAACUUUCCGAUUUUAGCUAUGGGUGUGCUCCACUGAUGCAAAUAGAGCAUAACAUCAGUGCUUUGUUGCGUGGAGACAUUCCAGUUGUUGGCCAACCGGCUGAAUGUAAUGGUGGUGGACUUACUGGUGCCCCAACGACAGCUGCCGAGCUGCAUGCAAAGCGAGUACUGGAAUUUCGACAUGGCGUUCACAAGUCUGAAAGCGCCAAAGAGAUGCUGCUUUCACAGAUCCCCCAUUUGGGCCCACUGCCCCCCUCGCCGCCAAGUUUUAACCCGGAUUUAUUUGACUACGAUGCCCCACUUCCACCGUCGCCGGUGGAAGUGCGAAAGCAGCUAGAGCUCCCGGCAGUGGCCCCUGCCGCGAAUCGGGGUACUACCGUAGUGGAGGUACAUGCUACCGCCUCCGGUACGGCGGUGCACAGUAGCAACAGCCACACUCGCCGCAGUCGAGACAAUAUCUCCUCUGUGCGUCACUUUACUGACGAGCUACCACCGCCACCAGCGCCUGCCCACCAAUCCGCCAGUUUUUUAGAGGGCCACGCCGGACCGCCUACGGUCCCCCCACAUCGAGCCACUGGAGGUCAUUCGGCCAACACAAUGAAAUCCUGGAGUAUUGACUCGCAAUACCGCAAGAAAUCACCAAAGCUUUUUGGUCACUAUAGCAGCGGUGGCAGUGGGAUAACCACACCUACUGGUCUGGGACCGAUGCCUCCACUGCCCGCUCCGCACUUCGACGGAAUGGCAGGUGGAUCUGGGUCCUACCAUCGACGUUAUAUUAACUAUGGCACCAAACGUAGCCUAAAGCAGUCGCCGCGUGAAGAGCAUCGCCUGCAAACCUCAUGUAGUCUUCCUGAAACGCCAAUUUUCGCCAGAGGCUGUGACAUACCCCGAACCCCAUAUCGACGCCAAAAUGAGCCCCUACCUGUGGUCAGUGGUUCCCGCACAGCGCCCAGAUCGAGCACAUCGACCAGCAUUAACAUGGGCGCUUCAAUUUUGGGAAUAGGAGGAGGUAACUAUGGUACAUCUCAAAUUUGCCGCCAGCGCUCAAUAAAUCAUGCUUUGGCUUCCAAUGAAAUGCUUCGUAUGACUGGGGCCCCGGCUCGAGGAUGGUAUCCGAAGCAACGGGGUAUGCGCCCAGUUUCCACCGAAAACAUAGAUCGGCUGGCAUCCAUGCGGGUAUGGGAUAAUCCGACUGGCAUGUCGGGCACCGGACAAUCUCGUAAGCCCUUAACGCUGCCACCAAAUCUUACACCUUCCUUCUUGAAUAAAUCACCCCGCGAGGCUCUGCGGCGAGUGACCAGUUUGCUGAUAACCAAGAAAAAAAACAGCAAAGAUCGAAAACCGAAGGCAUACUGCAAUGAGCUUAUGGAUGAUACCAAAAGCAAGCAGUUCUAUAAUUUCGAAACGGGAUCCACCACGCAAAAGGAUACCAAUCGUAAAGACAAUGGAGUCUCAGGGGCGGCCACCAAUAACAAACCCAAAAAAAAGGGGCUUUUUAAAUCUCUUUGGAAACGCUCCAAAACUGCCUCUUUAGAUCAGUAGUGAAACCCACCCUUGAAAGCUCAACCACUGCCCCUUGCUUUAUAUACACCAUAUGUUUAUAGUAUUAUAACCCUGCACAUACAUUAACUUUUUUUGGGUUAAAAGCCCGACGACUCACCUGCUUAUUAACUCAGCAGAACGCUUGUGUUUGUUUAUCUUGAAACACACAAAAGUAUCGUAAUUGGUCAUAUAGUAAUGAGACAAUUGAACAAUUCAAAUGCACAAAAGCCGUGAAUCGUAAAGACUGACAAUGAAAAAAGCGUUUAGAAAGAUUUAAUUAAAUUUAAAAAUAUGAGAAAGUAUAUAAAAUAAACCUAAAAAAUACAAACAAAAUUUCACUCUUUCAAGUUAAAGAAAAUGCAGUGUAAAAUAAUUGUACGGUCAACACCGAACUUUUAAAAUACUAUUAAAGCUAUUACUGUAGUUAUAUGGCCAAUGAUCGAAUAACAAAAAUCCAACCGAAUACACAUAGCAUUGGCUCAACAAGAAA